UACAAGUCUUGGGCAUGAAAACAACAGGAUCUCUACUUUGUUUUUAUUUGCAGGGCAUCAGUUGGACACUUAUAUUGACCAUGCUGUCCAGCACACUAGGCUAAUUAUUUCUAGAGGGGCAUUUCGAUACAAUUUUUCUACCACCAAAUUAAUUUUUUGUUGUAGAACUAACAUGCUGGCUAAGAAAAGUUCGUAGUCCCGAGAUUUUUACUAGGCUGCUACGAUGAAGAACUUCAAGAAGGUAGAAUCAAUCAUACUGACUGUGGUAUAACUUUACAUCAUAGUAUGCGAAAGUGUAGGAGUUACUCCCCCAGACACCGGUCAUGUAGUCCGAGGAGAAAGCGCUGCUGCUGCAGAGGCAAACGAACCGAGAGUAGUCCUCCUUGCUUCGUCUGCCGCGAGGUCGGUCGACGCACCCGGUCCUGUAGCCCCAAUAAAAGAUGUCGAUCCCCAAAUCGAGGAGUCUGCCCACCGUCGUGUGACCCCUGCGAACCCUGCUACUCCAAGAGGUGCGGACGUGAUGCGACGUACCUGAUUAAAAAGUACGCCAAGAACUACAGAUCCCCGUGUGACCUAGAGUGUAAGACCUAUGACCCUUGCCUCACUGCCAACUUCUCGUGCUAUCCUUGCACUCCACGUAAGAACGGCAUGAACUUGUCCAGAUUUGAUUUCUGCUGCCCGCAGAGAUACAGUGCUUGCUACUCGAAAGACAGCGACUAUUGCUGCUACCAGAAGGCCGAUUCUUCUUACAAGUACGAUCCCUGUUUUGCGAGUAGACAGGAUCCCUGCUGCAGAAAAAAAUGCGACCCAUGUACUAUGAAUAAAUUAUUCGAUAUAUUCGAUGAUUUGAAGUAUGACCCCUGUUACUCAACCAGAUGCAGCCCCUGCUCCCCAAAGAAAUAUGAUCCCUGUCCUAAAAAAAUAUACACUUGCUCUUCUUCUGUAAAUGAUCCUUGCUGUUCAAAACAAUAUAACCCCUGUCCCCCAAAAUAUAAUCCUUGUUUGUACAGAAAAUUAGACGAGUGCUCAGACAACUGCGAAAUGUGUGGCAUCAAAAAAAGACUACCAAACAUAUUUCAGAAAUACGACACCUCCUGUAGAGACGCGUUCAAAGAGUCAUACAAAGAACCUUGCAGAGAGCAGUCCAGAAAUCCUUGCAAACCCCAGUACAUAGAUCCUUGCAGAGACACAUGCAGAGACCCCUGUAAAUCUCAAUAUAGAGAUCCUUGCAAAGAUCCACGCAGAGACCCAUUCAAAGAUCCAUGCAGAGACCCAUGCAAAGACAGAUGCAGAGAUCCUUGCAAAGACCCUUGUAGAGAACCAUGCAGAGACCCAUGCAAAGACCAAUAUAGAGAUCCUUGCAGAUGUAGAGAACCUUGCAAAGACCCGAGUAGAGACCCCUGCCGUAGACAACCUAAAAAAUGCGACCCUUGCAGCCACAAUGAAGUGGAAAUUCAAAAUAUCCCGAAACGAAAGAUAACUCCGUGUGAAACAAUAAUCCUAUCCAAAUGUGAUCAGCCCAAGGAAGAACCGUGCAAGAGAGAUCAAUGUAGGCCCGAGCAACCGUCCUGUGACAAGUUUAACAAAGUUUGCUACCCACGUGAGAUACCAGUCAAGGCUGACGACACUCGUCGUUGUGAAAUCAACAGUCCGGACACAUGUGACAUCAGGAAAGAAAACGAAUGUGAACGAGAAAAUGACGAAUGUAAACAACAGCCAUGUAAGGGGGCUGACUCUUGUUGUCUGGACAGAUGUGAUAAUCAGGAUCCGUCUUCUGAGUUUUUGGAGAAAUUUUACAGACUUGGGAAACUGCCGCGUCAUGAGAAACACAUGUGUCCUUGGGAAGCAGACGUGACAGUGAACGGCAACGUCAGGGCGCACUGUGAUUCCACUGCAGUUGAAAUAGCCAAGAAAAUGACCGGGCGCUAUAGAGCUGAAGGGGAACGGUGUACCUCAGAUUCGUGUGCUAACGUGCCAGUUGACUGCGAAGAAGACAAUCAGCACUUGAAUCUUGGGAUACUGGACGACGGAACCUAUUUAGAUUUCUCCAGAAACAACAAAGUGAUCAGAAAUAAAUCAAGGAACAGAGGCGACAACGUCCACAAACUAAUCAGAGGUAAAGACGUGAAGUCCGAUACAUCGAGCACCUCCGAGGACAACUCUGGUCACUUAAAGAGCUCAACAGUUAAAUCUCAACGAACGCCAAGUCGGUCAAGGCCUUUUCAAUUCCUUGAGUUUGGCGCCGAAGGUUUAAUGAUGUCUCAUAGUAACGCGAAUGAAAAUGGUCGAGGUAGAUAUUUUGAAGUUUGUGUCACAAACGAUGCAACAAUGACAAAACGGUGUUUGCACAUUGGCUCAAACAAUCAAAACUUGAAGGUGAAGCGUCACUCAGAUACGCCAGCUUCUAGAAGGGGAUCUCCAAACCGGAAGCCGCACACCUACCAUGACAACCUAUUCGGUGAACCUCCAAGCAGUUCGAGUUCCGAGGUGGCCAGCACCACUUACUGCACUGCCUCUGAGAUGAGGUUCCGGCCACCUGAACGCCAGACUAUAGGUAGAGAUCUCAAAAGAGAGGUCGACGAUUUCUUGAAAGACCGGAAGAGUCGCUGGCGACAUAAAGAACAGUCCCCGUGUGAAGAGACUUUCUCACUUUCUCAUACGGCCCCUAUCAUGCCUCGCAGACUUAGCCUGGCGUCAUUUAACACGUUCAGGGAGGGCGAACACAAUCACAGACGUCACCACGCACACAGGUCUCGAGACGAGAGACGCUAUCAUUUACACUGAUACAGAGUUUUAUAACCCUCGGGAGGAAGUCACCUCAAAAAGACAUGUCUCAUUCUGCAAGGUCAUAAAAGUGUCUUGGGUAGAUCUUGAAAUUUUUUCUAAUAUAUUAGUUUAAGAAGGAGAACUCUUAGUAAUUUCAGAUUUUUAACACAUAAGAUUAUUUCCCUUUGUAAUAUCACUAUUUGUAGCAUUUAUGUUUAGUUAAACGAUGAAGACAUUAUAAAAAUAGAACGUAAAAUGAGCAGAGCAUCAAAUAAUGAUGGUCAAGACACAAAUAAUUAUUUCAAACCAGAAACAAGUUUUGUAGAAGGACAAAUAUAAGCAAGCAUUGUAGACAUUGUGUCAAGUUGUUACAAAACUGUUUGUAGAAGUAAAAUAUGUUGGCAUCUACGAGUGAAACAAUUGGACUCAACGUUUAGACCAGAGGUCAUUGGGAUAGCCCUGUACGUUUUGAAAUGUUACCCAACUGACCUCAACAUCUAGGUCUUUGACAUUGCACAUGACGGUCAUACGAUUCACCCAGGGGACUUUGAUUGGACAAUGUUUCUCAUUCUGUUUCUGAAAAUUCCAUUGUUUUAGAACAUAAUAAUAAUUUGAAAUUAGAAAUAUAUAAGAUAUAUGUAAACUAUUUUACCAUUAAAAUUGAUAGGAUAUACAUAUACU